UUGCAAGCGGCAGUCUGUGACGGCACAGUCCCCGAAACGUACGAGAGCCGAGAAUCCAGAGAGGGGCUUCCCAUACUACUCCACUGACGACCCGGCGCACAUUAGAUGCCACCCUCAACUCCGUCAAGCCAAUGAUCUCUAUCACUCUCAGUAGUCUCUCUUCAUCCUCUGCAGCUCCACUCUCAUUCAACCCUCCUCCCCUCUCAAAUUUCAAAUCUAACUUUGCAUCUCAUCGCAGGCAAAAGUCCAACCAGCGAAGGGCUAGGAAUGGGGUCUGUAGGGCGGAGCUGUCUCACGACGCGCCUUUGGCCGCCGCAAUCGGCGGUUGCAUUCUUAACUCCCUUGUCUUUCCGAUCACUCCGGCUCCGGACGAUGAUGAUGGUGACGCGGUGAUCGAUUCCACCGAUGCGAGGUUCGCAGUUAUGGGGAUCAUAAGCUUCAUUCCUUACUUCAAUUGGUUGAGUUGGGUAUUUGCGUGGUUGGAUACUGGGAAGCGGCGAUAUGCUGUUUAUGCAAUUGUGUACUUGGCUCCCUACCUGAGGUCGAAUCUAUCGCUGUCACCAGAGGAGAGCUGGCUGCCUAUUGCUAGUAUUAUCCUCUGCUUUAUUCACAUUCAGCUGGAAGCAAGUAUUAGAAAUGGAGAUCUACAGGGCUUUCAACUUUUUGGUGAGGCUGCAAAGCAUCUUUCAUCGGUUACUAGAAAGAAAGAUAGUCAUCUAAAGAACCAACAAAGAAUUUCUAAAGAGGAGAGAAUGAAAGAACAAAUGAACCUUCCUUCCAGUGAUGAACAAUCUAGAAAUGAGAUUCAGGGGUGGGGAACUCCUCCAAAACCUUUAAAGGAACGCGAACCCUUGAAUGAAGAUGAAGAUGAAGAUGAAGAUGAAGAUGCCAAAUGAGGAAAGGAGACACUAUUUAGAUUUUCAAAUGAAGGUUCUGCUGCAAUAUUGGGGCUAAUUUGGCCAGACAUGACAUGACAUGUGAAUCAUUAAUAAGAGACUUUUAAACUUGAGCAACAAAACCAUAAAACCAAGCUAGAUUGGUUGAUACUGGGUGAGGAAGGUCUUGCAUUGAUAUAGCUGAGGUUCACUUCAGGCUUGAACCAUGAAAACACAUCAUGGUAACCAAAAUGUUAGGGGUAGCUCAAAUGUGAUGAAACACGUUGCUGUUUGUUUUGUAUUUGCUUGUUUCUCAAUUUGAUGCUGAAAUUGAUUGUGCUGCAUCAUUGCCUUUUUGAGUUGGGCCUAUAAAUUCUGUGAUGUCUGAAAUAUGAGUAGAUGAUUUAAGUCCCUCAUUUGGUUGUUGCAGUCGAAGGUCAGAAUUUUGUUAUAUUAACGAAAUGAACUUCCAUUCUUAUUUUUAAUUGAAAA